AUGCAACGCCAGGUGCGCGGUCCGCGGGGCCGGGCGCCCUCGCCCAGCCCGCCUCUCUCAUCGGGUGGUCUCCCCGCUGCCCGACACCCACGGGGAAGAGACGCGCGGGCCGGGGACCCCAGCCGCGCCGCCCCAGCGCCCGCCAGCCAGGGGAGGGGGCUUCCCACAAUGCCCAGCGAGCUUCAGCUGGCACUUCCGCUGUCCGGCAGCCACGGGGGGGCCGCGCAGACCGACCGCCGCACGGCCCCCGCCAGCCCGCAGCGCGGAGCCGCCGGGAGAGGGGCGGGGCGGCGGCCGGCGGCGGGGGGCGGGGCCGGGGCGGCGGCUGUGGCCGGGCGCCGCGCGGACCAAUCAGCGGCUGGCGGGCGCGCGCCGGGGGCGGGGUCAGGGUCCGCGGGCGGGGCGCGCGCGGGCGGCGGGCCGCGGGGCUGGAGCGGCGCGGGGGCGCGCGCCGGCCUGACGGACGGACAGACGGACAGGCGGGCGGACCGAGCAGCCCCGGCGAGCGCGCAGCUCGGACCCGCCCGCACGCAGCGCUCGCCCGCGGCGGCACGAUCACCGGCGCCGGUCCGGCGGUCCCGGCCCCCGCCCGCGCCCCAUGGGGUCACAGGUAAGCGGCGCCGGCUCAUUGUCCGCGCGGCGGGGCUGGCGCACCGUGGCGGGGACCGGCCGGGCCGGGCCGCUGCAGCCGGGCUGCUCCGAGCCCGGCGCGCCCCCGCUCCACGGCCCGCCACGCCCCGCCCCGCGGGGGCGCCCUCCCGGGGGCGAUCGGCGCCCGGCGGCGAUGGGGGCGGCGCGCUGACCCCGGCCGCGGGUCCCGGCCCGAGUGGCGUGGGCGGGGCGGCACGGGUCCCUGCGGGGCUGAGCGCGGAGGCGGCGGCGGCCGAGGCGGCGGGCUACCCAGCCCCUCGGCCCCCGGCACCUCCUGCCGCCGCCGACGCGGUCCCUCCCCCGUCACCUCCGAAAGGGGAAUUUUCCAGCUGGUAA